AUGAGCGCCCUAAUAAAGACAUGGACCUCUGCUCCUCCACCAAAUGAAGAGGCUCAAGGAGAUGCCACUGUGGUUCCUUCUCAUGUAAAAGUUCUGAGUGCUGUGCAAGUUGAUUCUGGCCAUUCUGAGACUGCCAGGGACGAAAGGGGACUGUUUGAGAGAGUGUUGGUGGAAUGUAGCCGUUUUCAUUUCCGUGCUAUUGCCAAAAGAGCACUAUUUUAUAGAGAUGAAUUAGUAGGCCUUGACGAAUUACUUCUGGGGACUGGCUGUCAGGCAAUUCGAGUGCGACCAGAUGAACUUGAAUUUCAUUAUCCUGUUAAUCUCUGUGGAAUUGUCACACAGGUCUUCUUUGAUGGAACUGUCAUUUACUCUUGGCUUACCUACACACCAAAGGAUAGGUUCAUCUCUGCUGAACUUCGUUUGGAGUGUACGGUUCCCAGCCUCUAUGCCUCACCUGAUGAUUCUAACAACACCGAGAUGAGCAAUGUCUUCAUCGUAGCACCACCUGCUGAACACUGGUUCUUGAUAGAGUACAGAUACUGUGUGAGAUGUGGCUAUGCCCACUUCAGAGAAUCUUGGUCAACACCAUUUUAUGGACCACGCAAUUACUCGCUUCAAAGGUUUUUGAUCCAUCCUUUCAUCUAUGAAUUUUAGAAGCUUGUGCCUUUGGACAUUUAGCAGCAACACAGAAGUAACCCAGUUUAACAAUGUCUUGUGGCAUUCUACUUUUAUACAUUUACAUGUUUUUCAUUUAUUUUAAUCUACUGUAAUCCCCUUCAUGAUGCCUUCAAGAAGAGGCCAUUUGUGUUUUUAACUUU